AUGGACACGUGCUCUAUUGGAGAGAGACCCGUUCAGCAAGUUCCUCAAAUAGAUCAGGAUGCCCUUUCGCCACAUAAGCGUAUAGAGAACCUCUUCAAGAUUCUUAUUCUCAGGCACAUUCAAGAGCACAUUUUGUUACUUGUUGCUGAUAUUCUCUCUCUCUCUCUCUCUCUCUACAGAACAGAAAGGUUGGCCCGAGACAUUUUCCAAGAUGUCAGAGAUGAACCACUAACAGCUCUCUGUGUCCUAAAAGGUGGCUACCGCUUUUACACAGAUCUACUAGAGAAAAUCACAACCCUAAACCGAUCACAUGGUUCUGUGUCGGUCCCAAUCAAUGUGGAUUUUAUCAGACUAAAGAGUUAUGAGAAUGAGGAAUCAACUGGGGAAAUCCGUGUGGUUGGUGGAGACAACCUCAAUGGGCUUCGUGGACAAAAUGUAUUAGUUGUAGAAGACAUCAUCGAUACUGGCCGUACCAUGGAGAAGUUGUUGGCCAUCCUAGCAAAACAUGGACCAAAAUCUGUGAAAGUUGCAUCUUUGCUAGUCAAGAGACGACCAGGAUCCACUGGUUAUCGCCCUGAUUACACUGGUUUUGAAAUUCCCGAUAAAUUUGUUGUUGGGUAUGCUUUGGAUUACAACGAAUACUUCAGGGACCUUAAUCAUGUAUGUGUGAUCAAUGAAAACGGCAAGAAGAAAUAUGCUGUUACUCAUUAGCAAAUUCAUUCCAGUUCAGUGAAGAAUACUUGCUAAAAAUUCUGUAUUUGGCAUAACUGUUGAUGUCACAAAAAACAAGUAAAAGGUAUCACAACUUAUUUCCUAGGCAUGGCUUCUGUGUUUCUAAAUGUUAAAUUGCAUGCAGUUGAAGCACAUUUCAUUGCAUAAUCUGAUAAAUUAUUAUUAAAAUUAUCUUCAGUUCAGUUAUAGAAUUAGUCUUUGAAUUGUGGAGGAAUAUACUUUAAUACACUUAGAUAAACAGCCUAUAGCAGAAUCCAAAAUCAAGUUUCUUUAUCAAGAAUUCAGCUUGAUCUUGCAUAUAAAAAUGUAGAUACAUAGAAUACAUUGGAAUAUAUAUACAGAUUUGUUAAGCUGUUGAAAUUAGCUGUCAUUCAUAUAAUUAAGAUUCUUAAAUUUACGAGGGUUAAGAUAUCUUCCAAUGAGUUUCUCCAAGGCAGAAUGAAUUUACACGCACACACAGAGCUUUUAUCAGAUUUGGAUAGGAAAAGCUAGUGCCAUACACCUAAAAUGGAAUCCUGUUAAUACCAUAUUUGCUAUAAUAUUGGUGAUUUUAAAAAGUUCAGACAGCUUUUUUCUUCUUCUUCUUCUGUAAUACUUUUCACUUUAAAAAAUGUACUGUAUCCUAAAAUUUUGCCAUGAAUAUAUAGCAUUAAUUUCAUCCAUUUAUUUGUUAAGCUUAUUGGCAAUCAAUAUUUACCUUAUAAUAGGAAAUUUCUACAUUCUUAUAUCUAACAUUCCUUUUAAGCAACUUUAUAGGAUCUUAGCAAAAAUUUAUACAUGUGGUUGUAAGAAAAGUAAAAUAGUAAACGGUUGUUGGAAACUCAGAACUAAUGUUGCAUUUACUGCAGCAGUUCUGAGAUUUAGGUAUUUCAUUGAUAUUAGCAAAAUGGAUUCUGUUUUAGGAUUCUGUUUAUAUAUAUAUAUUUAUGUAAAAUUAUGUUUAUAUAAUUAUGUUAAAUGUUAAUUAAAAAAAUUGAACAUUUUCUAUAUCAUAUAUAGACCAUGAUUUCUUUGUUGAAAAUAAAUUUAUAUGUAAAAAGAUUACUAUUUUUGCACUAAAACAGGGAAUCAUAGACAACUAUACUAUCCUAAUCAAUUUGUAUAGCUUGGAAAGUAAAUAAAAUUUCAAAGUUA